GACGUGGCGACCAAACAAAUUUUUCGACACGAUAGCCGUUUCUUAUACAAACCGCGAACGAGGCUAACAGUGUGGUGCUUAUGCAUGGCUGCGUGACCGUUUAUUUAUCAUUCACGCAUUAAAUCACGCGAGUGUCACGUGCCCUGGCCACCGCACAAAACGUCAAACCGUAAAAGAAAACAAAACUCGCUCGAUAAACAAGCCAGUUUGAGCUCGUUAUGAGCGCAAGAAACGAAAUAUUGUGCCACGUACUGGAACGAUAGAUCAUUAAAUCAAACCAAAAUUAAUCGACUGGGUUGUUAUUCGCAGGCUUUAUAUUGCUCAAGGUUAUGUUCGUCAUUAUUAUUCUGUCAAUAGUUCGACGUUAUCCUGUGGGAAUCUAAGAAGAAGGGGUAACCUAAGAAUUGCAAAGGGGAGUUCGUAAAAAUCUUAUGACUUGGCCAAGCAAUCCCUAACGUCCUAGCUCGAAAAUCAAAAUAUAAGGUUAAAUGUUAAGAUAACUCGCUCAGACGAUCCCUGUCAAAAUGUAUCGUCUACCAAGAAUGAAAUAUUAUUUGCGCAUGCAGUUUUAUAUGGAAUAUAUCAGAAUUCUCCGAGGGAAUAUCAAAGGCCACUAGAAAAGGCUUAAAUAUUAAGCCUAUACUUGAUCAUGCUCCCCUAUACAGGCAAUAAUGCUCCAGUGAGGCUGAAGGAUCAUUUUGGCUUAAUGACUAAGACGGGCGAAGAUAUUCAAUAGUUUUCGCUGACCGCGCUUUUAUGGACUGACAGUGUUAUAUCGUACGUGUUUGGCAAAAAAAUAAUAAUAAUAAUAAUUAAAAUGAGUAAAUAACAAAAAGAAAACCUUGAGCCUGCUAGGGAUUAAAUGCAUUUCGGCCUUGUGCAGCAAAGAUAUCAGUAGAGGGUGCGUAAAAGGACAGUGGCAUUAGUUAUUACUAUAAAACGGAAUGGAACAUCGAUCAGGAUAGAUCAGUUGAUCACGUAGCAUCGACCGAGAUUCAUCACCAUGCCAUCUUCAUUUACCUUGGUCGUUUUUCACGCUGUCUUGUCUUCCAUUUACGGAGCAUCUCUUACACUAAGGGACCCCUCCGAUGAAACAAGCGGUGCUAGUAACAAGUGCGAAAUGAGCCGGCGUCCCUAUACUAUGGUGGACUUUGCUAGCGGGCAAUGCGACGCUUAUAUUAGAUGUGAAGGUGGUCAGAUGAGCUUCGAGCUGUGCGAGGACGGCCUUGUAUAUGGAGAUCUCUGUGAUAUGCCCCAGCGAGUUAACUGUGCCGGACGUGAGCGUCUGCAACCGCCCUCGUGUGUUUCAUUCGACAAAUCGUCUGUAUUAACUGCAUCGGGCCAAAAACUAACUUGAAAUGAAAGGACGCAAUUGAAACGUUAUUGGGUCUUUGUCAAAGUAGUGAAGUGGUACCAGACGCCUCUCCUAUCCGAUUCAUUCAAUUUCAUUUAGAACUUGAAAUAUGAUCAUUUUGAUAUCCUUUAAACGAUUUUAAACUUUCGUUUUAGGCUACUGGAGGUCGUGAAGCGUGCAAGUCGCUUUUACAGAUAUCGACACAUAUGUUCUCCUUAUAUUCAAACUGGGAAAAAUUCAAAACUUCCAUAUAGGCAACUCAGCAGUUUGUCUAUAGCUCAAAAUCUUUUAACCUUGAAUUUAAAUUCGAUAUUAAUCAUCCAUUCGGCCAAAACGCUCGUGUUCUGCUAUACGUGGUACCACACAAGAUGCGGUGUGUAUUGUGAAUUAUAGACCGCCCAAACUGCGUUUAGAACAGGAACAACGAUUUGAUUAUA